GCCAACUCCGCAACUCGGAUCAGCGCUGCCCUUGGGGAGGGGUUGGAGAGGUUUUUCUGGGGCUACAAUCAAAGAAGAGCUUGAAUUUCUCCGAGAGCGAUGCUCCCAGACCUUAGGGUGUGCCCUUGUCUGGAGAAGGGUGGAGCCCCUAGAUGGGCUGCGGAGUCAUCCCGCCCCAGGAUUCGGGGGUCUGUCCGGCUAGCGGGAGUGGGACUGCUGAUCACCCUUCUGAGCGCGCUGGGCUACUGCGCUCAGGCCCCAGGUUUGAGCAUGGCAGAAGGGGACACCUUGGUCUCAGUGGAUUACGAAAUUUUUGGGAAGGUUCAAGGGGUGUUUUUCCGCAAGUACACUCAGGCUGAGGGUAAAAAGCUAGGUUUGGUGGGCUGGGUUCAGAACACCAACCGGGGCACGGUGCAAGGCCAGCUGCAAGGCCCAGUCUCCAAGGUACGCUUCAUGCAGGAGUGGCUGGAGACAAGAGGAAGUCCCAAAUCGCACAUCGACAGAGCAAACUUCAACAAUGAGAAAGUCAUCUCAAACUUGGAUUAUUCAGACUUCCAAAUUGUAAAAUAAUGACACGAAUUUUAUUUUUUCAAAAUAAUCUCACGCUUUUUUUUAUCGGUAUAUAAAAAAAUAGAACUACUCUGUGCUCAGAAUUUGUUAGUAAGUUAUUUUGGUUGCAUGUUUGAAAGUUACCGAGUAUUACAUGUAUGAUGAAAUACAAAUGUGUACAAUUCUAACCAAUAAAAAUACAUUAGAACCUUA